AGCGUUCUGAUUCAUUCAGCUUUUGCAUUUUCGGAAAGGCGGCUGCACAUAAACUACACAGUUUCUGUCGACCAAACGUGUCCAAACCGCAUCGUUGAGUGUAUAAUAGUUAAUAGUUUAAAAGUAAUUGGGAAACGUUUCUACUGCACAUGUUUUAAAUUGUGUGAUGCCAGUUCGCUCUGCUAAUCCGAUACGCGCUAGAAGUUUGAUCCGAGACAAUUUGGAGAAACAGGCUGGUUGUCUAAAUUUAAUCCACUCCAGAAUGCCGAACAUCAAAGUGUUUUCGGGCACCUCGCAUCCGGAUCUGGCCCAGCGGAUCGUCGAUCGUCUGGGAAUCGAUCUCGGCAAAGUGGUUACAAAGAAGUUUAGCAAUUUGGAGACUUGUGUGGAAAUUGGGGAAUCGGUGCGCGGCGAGGAUGUAUACAUCGUGCAGUCGGGAUCCGGCGAGAUCAACGAUAACUUGAUGGAGCUGCUGAUCAUGAUCAAUGCGUGCAAAAUCGCCUCAGCCUCUCGUGUUACAGCUGUGAUUCCUUGCUUUCCAUAUGCCCGCCAAGACAAAAAAGACAAGUUGGCAGGCAGUGAGGAUAAUGCGGAAAGCAAGAAACUAGCCAAGAAAAACUACGAUUGGAAAUUUAGGAGUCGUGCGCCCAUCUCGGCCAAAUUGGUGGCCAACAUGCUGUCCGUCGCUGGAGCCGAUCACAUCAUAACCAUGGAUCUGCACGCCUCACAAAUUCAGGGUUUCUUUGAUAUACCAGUUGAUAAUCUCUAUGCCGAGCCUGCGGUACUGAAGUGGAUCAAGGAGAACAUUCCCGAGUGGAAGAACUCGAUCAUUGUGUCGCCCGAUGCUGGCGGUGCCAAGCGUGUCACCUCGAUUGCCGAUCGCCUGAAUGUGGAGUUCGCUCUGAUACACAAGGAGCGCAAGAAGGCCAACGAGGUGGCGUCCAUGGUUCUGGUGGGCGAUGUCAAGGACAAGAUUGCCAUCCUGGUCGAUGAUAUGGCCGACACAUGCGGCACCAUUGUGCAUGCCGCCGAUCGCCUGGUGGAAGCUGGAGCCACCAAGGUUUAUGCCAUUCUGACGCAUGGAAUUUUCUCGGGUCCUGCGAUUUCGCGGAUUAACAAUGCCUGUUUCGAGGCGGUGGUUGUGACCAAUACCAUACCACAGGAUGGACAUAUGCGGGAUUGUCCCAAAAUCCAGUGCAUUGAUGUCUCGAUGAUGUUCGCCGAGGCCGUCAGACGGACACAUAACGGCGAGAGUGUCUCGUAUCUCUUCUCAAAUGUUCCAUACUAAGCCACAUAUAAAACAACCGGCAGUUAAACCAGCAAACGUUUAAUACAGCAACCAGAACACCGUUAGCAAGCUACCGCAAAAACACAACUUUAACAGCAAUUUGUAAUGCAACCAACAACCACAACAAUUUGAGACAAAAUAUUUUGCCAUCAUCAUCGUUAUAUAUUUUUUAUGGAUUAACUAUUGUAAUUAAAGCAAAUGCAAACUCAGUAGAUGGGAAAUCGUCAUUAUGUAAUUAUACUAAAUAGAACCUUAAAGAUAACACUAAACAACACAAAAAAAAAAAAAAAACAAAAACAAAAACAGAA